AUGCUAAUUACCCACGCCGAUCUCAACACGAUCUCACACAUCCGCGUCUGCAGGCUCCUCCAAUCAGAGCGCGGCAUUUCUCCACGCUGCCGUAGAGCGCAGACACACACAAAAGGCCUCUCCCUCGACCCGCUGUUCACAAGCUCAUCCUCCUCACUCCGCUUUGUCUGCGCUCACGCCCGCUCCACGCCAUCUCGUCAGGCCAUGAACGCGCCCCCUCGCCAAUUACCGCCAUUCUCCGCCAUUCUCCGCCGCUAA